GUUUUUUGUGAGUGAAAAAUGGCCGAAAACAUGUCCAGUCUCGAGGAACCACGGAAGAUAUUUUUGGAAAGUGAUUCGGAAGAAGAAAGUGAGGCAUUAAUUUCUGAAUCUGUUGAUUCAGUGGGGGAGGACGCUUUUCUUCAGGGAGAGGAUCCAACAAUUGACGUCCCCAACGAUCAAGAACCUUCAUGGGCUUCUUCAUCUGUACCUCAGGUCCAGGCUACUCGAGCCAAAAGAAGAAAAGUCAACCAUCCCAGCUGUUCUAAAAUAGGAACCAAGGGUGAAUGGCACUCAUUGCACAUUGAUGACCGAGAACCUCAGCAGUUCAUGUUCUGCCCUAAGAGGACUCCUGGAGUUCAGCUGGACCUCCAUCAUGAAUAUAGUCCCCUCGAGGUCUUCCAGCUAUUCUUCAAUAAGGCUGUACUGGAUACCCUGUGCCAGAAUACAAACAAGUAUGCAAAGUAUAAGCACAGCCAAGGAUCAAAGCGGACAUGGCAAGGCGUUGACCCGGAGGAAAUGAUGGGGUAUCUUAGCCUCACCAUUUAUAUGGGUUUGGUUAGGUUCUCAGCAAUUAAAGAUAUGUGGAGGACUGAUGAUCUGCACCGUCACCCCUUCCCAGCUUCUGUGAUGGCAGCCAACAGAUUCACAUCCAUCUCUUCGUUCCUACACAUGAGCGAUCCAGAAGCUGAUGUUACCAAUGACAAAUUGAAAGGGACUCCCAGUUACGAUCCCCUGUUCAGACUGAAGCCCCUGCAUGAUGAUAUCAUCACGUUAUGCAAGUCGUACUACCAUCCCCACCAGAACAUUGCCAUCGAUGAGCGCAUGGUUGCUUCAAAAAACAGACACAGUAUGAAGCAGCACAUGAAAGACAAACCGACAAAAUGGGGCUUCAAGCUGUUUGUCUUGGCAGACAGUCUGUCGGGGUACACAUUCAACUUCUCUGUGUACCAGGGGAGAACUUUUACACCUAAUAGUAACGGUCUGAGCUUCAAUGCUGUAGUCAAUCUACUUCCAGUGUCCUUCCUUGGAACUGGAUAUAGACUGUAUGUGGACAACUACUACACCAGCACAGCUCUCUUCACCCAUCUCCACUCUCUCAACAUCGGGGCCUGUGGUACAAUCAGGGUAAACAGGAUAGGUUUCCUUGAAGGCAGACCAAAUGCACUACCAAAGGACGCACCACGAGGGGACAUAAGGUGGCUUAGGCAGGGUCCUCUCCUGUAUGUGAAGUGGAAGGACUCAAGAGAAGUCAACUUGUGUUCUUCCAUUCACAAGGCCUUCAGUGGACGUACAAUUGUGCGGCGUGUGAAGCAAGCUGGUGGAUGGAAGCAGGAGAACGUGCCAGUUCCUGAUGUGGUCCUGGACUACAAUAAAUAUAUGGGGGGGGUGGAUUUGUCUGACGCCUUCAUAAAGCACUAUACUGUUGCCAAGAAGACCAUGAAGUGGUACAAGAAGUUCUUCUUCCACUUUGUGGAUAUUGCUUUAGUGAAUAGCUUCAUCAUCCACAAGAACAUCACCUUAGCGAAGAAACGGAAACCUUUCACGCAGAAACGUUUUAGGGAGGUUUUGGUUACACAGAUGGCGGCAUGUGCAAGGGCAAAUGCAGUACCACGUGUUUUGCCACAUGUGGCGCCGCAGCCAUCUAAAGAGCCGCAGAAAGAGCAGAUGAUGUGCUUCCCAGUGGCCGUCAUAGACACCUCUUCUGUUGACCCGAGGCUCAAGGCCACACAGGGCAGGAAAUACUGCGUGCUCUGCACGUCGAAAAAACUGAAAAACAAGACGAUUUACAAAUGCGUGUCUUGUGACGUGCCACUCUGCAUAAUCGCAAACCGGAUUUGUUUCAGGGAAUGGCAUCUGCAGAAAAAGGACAAAUGAACUGCCAGUCCAGAGAUGGUGGUUUUUGUGAAUAGUUAGAGGUUCCACAAGAUUUCAUUACUGUCAUUCUUUUUUCUAUACUGUAAAUAAACCACCAUACCAAAAUUUUACUACGAUACCAAGACAAGUAUUGGAAUUCUACCAUUUUCGAUACUCAGCACAGUAUAAAAUGGAACUAAAAAAAAAAAAAAAAAAAUUCAGUUGUGGUUUUGUUUGUAAAAACUUUACAAACUUUUGUAAAUUUGUCAGUAAUUGUUUUUUAGUUGAAAAAAACCUUCCUAUUGCAUUGGCAGUCAAAGCAGAAUAAUAUUAAGUACAGUAGUAGCCAUUGUAAUAAGGCUGCAGUCGUGCUGAGAUAUUUACAAGGAGUAAAUUACUAUUAAACACUAAUUAA